GAUAGUGACCAGGAGUUCGAGCACCUGCUGAAAGAGCAUGAAAAGCAGUUGGAUGAGGAAGAACGGGAGAAGGAAGAGCGCCGAGCAGCGCGCGCGCGUGCGGCCAAGAAAAAGGGCAAAAAGAAAAAGGGGGAGGAUGGAUAUGAGACCGAUCAUCAAGACUACUGUGAAGUGUGCCAGCAAGGAGGCGAGAUUAUAUUGUGCGACACGUGUCCUAAAGCAUAUCACUUGGUUUGUCUGGACCCGGACAUGGAGGAACCACCGGAAGGCCGAUGGUCUUGUCCAACGUGUGAGGCCGCGGGCAUUGUGAAGGAGGAAGAGGAGGAGAAGAAAGUCACCACAAACAUGGAAUUUUGUCGAAUUUGUAAGGAAGGGGGCUGGUUAUUGUGCUGUGAUACCUGUCCGAGCUCGUUCCAUGCCUAUUGCAUAAAUCCGCCACUUACCGAAGUUCCAGAAGGAGACUGGUCUUGUCCACGUUGCUUAUGUCCGGAACCAAAAAAUCGCCCGGAGAAGUGUCUUUCAUGGCGUUGGACCGAAGUCGCUUAUCCACCACCAAUGACUGAAGAGGAAUUGAAGGAAUUUGAAGCGCAAGAAGGCGAUCGAAAAAUCGCUCUAAAACCUCUUAAGGAACUCCCAAAUCGCAGAGAGCGUGAGCUGUUCAUUAAAUGGAAAUACAUGAGUUACUGGCAUUGCGAAUGGCUUCGGAAGAAAUAUGAAACGCAGCCGGAUUUUAUUACCGAAACAAGUGGCAAAUUGCAUGAUUAUCAGUUGGAAGGGGUUAACUGGCUGCGACAUUGCUGGUCCCAAGGCACCGAUGCAAUUCUGGCCGACGAGAUGGGCCUCGGGAAAACAAUUCAGUCGAUGGUGUUUUUGUACUCGCUGGUGGCAGCCCCACUGUCAACACUGAUCAACUGGGAGCGCGAAGCAGAGUUUUGGUGUCCCGAUUUCUACGUCGUCACAUAUGUUGGUGACAAAGAUAGCCGCACUGUUAUUCGGGAGCACGAGUUUUCAUUUAUCGAAGGAGCGGUGCGAGGUGGAGUGAAACCAUCGCGUAUGAAAACUGAUCAGGGCAUCAAGUUCCAUGUCUUGCUCACCUCUUACGAGCUUAUCAACAUUGAUAAGACGAUCCUGUCUUCAAUUGAAUGGGCUGGAUUAGUGGUCGACGAGGCGCACCGUUUGAAGAAUAACCAGUCGUUGUUUUUCCGUACAUUGCGCGAUUUCCGAAUUAACUAUCGUUUGUUGCUUACGGGCACACCAUUGCAAAACAACUUGGAAGAGCUCUUCCAUCUGCUGAACUUCCUUUCACCUGAAAGAUUUUACGAUAUGGACUCGUUCACGCAUGAAUUUGCUGAAAUUUCAAAGGAAGAUCAGAUCCAGAAGCUUCACUCCUUGCUGGGACCGCACAUGUUGCCUAGCAUCGAGGCACCGAAACUGAAGAAUGGAAUGUAUGAAGGCGCCGCACUGGUGAAGGCCUCCGGGAAGUUCGUGCUGUUGCAGAAGAUGCUGAAGAAACUAAAGGAUCAAGGACAUCGUGUUUUAAUCUUCUCUCAAAUGACCAAAAUGCUGGAUAUUAUGGAAGAUUUUUGUGAAAAUGAAGGAUACAAAUAUGAGCGCAUCGAUGGCUCAAUCACUGGACAAGCACGUCAGGACGCAAUCGACCGAUUCAAUGCUCCAAAUGCGCAGCAGUUUGUAUUCCUAUUAUCAACAAGAGCAGGUGGACUGGGAAUCAAUUUGGCCACUGCAGAUACUGUUAUCAUUUAUGAUUCAGACUGGAAUCCACAUAAUGAUAUUCAGGCAAUUCUUUUUCCCUUCGCCUUCAGCAGAGCGCAUCGUAUUGGGCAGCAGAGAAAAGUGCUCAUUUAUCGGUUUGUUACGCGUAAUUCAGUGGAGGAACGGAUUACAUCUGUGGCAAAGAAGAAGAUGUUAUUGACUCAUCUGGUCGUUCGUGCUGGCAUUGGGCAAAAGGGACCGUCGAUGAGCAAAAGUGAAUUGGAUGAAGUAUUACGCUGGGGCACCGAAGAGCUUUUCAAGGAAGACGAAACAACCACUGAGGGCGAGCAGGGCGAAAAGAAGACUAGUGAGCAAGAGAUUAUUUGGGAUGACGAGGCAGUGGAAGCUCUGUUGGAUCGGUCGGCUGACGACCCGAAGGAAAAAGCGGGCGAGAAGAAAGAGCAUUGGAGCAACGAAUAUCUUUCCUCGUUUAAAGUUGCGCAGUAUACCACUCGGGAAGCGGACGAAGAGGAGGCCGAGGAGGAAGUCAGUAUUUUUUUGGGUGAAGUUAACUUAUCAAACUGCUGUCACGCGUUCAGAAUGUUCCUGAUUGUAAAAUUCUCUCUUUUGCAUAUGGCAAGCGGUAUAUUAAGGAGCCUGGCGUAG